AUAUGAACGGUACGGCGGCUGCGGCAGGACAAUCGCGGGAAGAUACCGGACCGACCAUGGAAGCGGUCGAAACGGUAACCCUGAUCAGCGACGAUUCGGACGUAGAAAUGACCGACAUUUCCGUGAAGCGUCCGAGCAAGUCCGAAUCCGACGAAGGACGAAGGACGAGCCGUCGGAAAAAGGUAAAGGUAGGAUACGGUGAUAAUGGUGCGAAAACUAACACCGGCACUCCGGGUCCCGGUAGUAUCUGCGAGGGUCCCGAUACACCCGCCGAUCGUAAGCCGGAACCGGGAGCGAAACCGGAUCCUCCUACACCGAAAUCGAAAAAACGUGAAGCAGAAGAAAAAUCUGCCACCGGCCCGGAUCCGAACCCGUACCAGGAACUGAUGACGGGAUUGGAAGGUGCGGCCUUCCAGUCACGACUGCCGGUAGACAAGAUGACAGCUGCGGAAGCCGUAUGCUUUCCACACAUCAUCAAACACGGGUUGGUAACGCAGCGCAUGUUCUUAAACGUACGCAACCGGAUCCUGCAGAUGUGGAUCGAGGAACCGACGGUACAGCUAACGUACGAAAAUGCACUGAAAAAGAUGGAAUCACCGUUCGAUAGUGAUCCGUCGCUGGUACGCAUGGUGCACGCCUUUCUCGAGCGGCAUGGAUUCAUCAAUUUCGGAAUAUUCGAACGCUUAAAACCACUGCCGGUGAAAAAGCACGCGAAAGUGAUUGUAAUUGGGGCGGGCAUUUCAGGCCUGGCAGCAGCACGGCAACUCCAGCAAUUCGGGUUCGAUGUGAUUGUGCUGGAGGCACGGGAUCGUGUUGGUGGACGGAUUGCGACCUUCCGGAAGAAUGCUUACACGGCCGAUCUCGGUGCAAUGGUAGUGACCGGCAUCUGGGGCAAUCCGCUGACGAUAUUGAGCAAGCAAACCGGCAUGGAGAUGUGUCCGAUCAAGAGCACCUGCCCGCUGUAUGGGGCAGGCGGUAAACCCGUACCCAAGCACAAGGACGAUAUGGUGGAGCGAGAGUUCAAUCGGCUGCUGGAAGCGACCAGCUACCUUUCCCAUCAGCUGGACUUUAAUUACGCUGGCAAUCAUCCGGUGUCGCUCGGGCAGGCGCUCGAAUGGAUUAUUAAGCUGCAGGAGAAGCACGUGAAGGAGAAACAGGUUCAGCAUCUGAACGGGAUCAUCGGGUGGCAGCAGAAGCUGCUGGCUAAUCAACAUCAGCUGGUGGAAACACUGGCCAGGAUAAAGGAGUUGAAGGCGAAAGCGCAGCAUUUGAACGAUACAAAGCCACCGAAACCACCGCCACCGGUCAAGGAGGGGGGCAGUGGCGGUGGAGCGACACACGAUGCCUCGGGAGGUGACAGUGCAGCGACAAAGUACUUCGAGGUUGAGUUCCAGCUUCGUGUAACGGCACGCGAGGAACAGUUGGCUUGGAAAGAGGUGGAACGGUUACAGGCGUACCAAACCGAGCUAGAGACAAAGGUGCGUGAGCUAGAGAAUGACCAAGUGUCCGAGGUGUACCUUUCCUCGAAGGAUCGCCAGAUCCUGGACUGGCACUUUGCGAACCUGGAGUUUGCAAAUGCGACUCCCCUUAGCAAUCUAUCCUUGAAACACUGGGAUCAGGACGAUGAUUUCGAGUUUAUCGGUAGCCACACGACGGUAAAGAAUGGAUACUCCUGCGUACCGAUUGCCCUUACCGAAAAUCUGGAUGUGCGAGUCAAUACGGCCGUGACGUGCAUCCGGUAUCGGCCCGGCGGUGUCGAAGUGACGGCAGACCUUAAGUCAAACAACUCCACCGUCUGCUAUCGGGCAGAUCUGGUUCUCUGCACACUCACACUCGGCAUACUAAAGCUUGCCAUCGCCGAAGAAUCGAAGCAGCUGAACACGGUCCGGUUCGAUCCACCACUGCCCGAAUGGAAGCAAUCAGCCAUCCGGCGACUUGGCUUCGGUAAUCUGAACAAAGUCGUACUCUGUUUCGACCGCAUCUUCUGGGAUCCGAACACGAACCUGUUCGGACACGUGGGCAGUACUACGGCGAGUCGCGGUGAGCUGUUCCUGUUCUGGAAUAUCUCGCAAUCGCCGGUACUGCUGGCACUAGUCGCGGGUCAAUCGGCUGCCAUCAUGGAGAACGUGUCGGACGACGUAAUUGUGGGCCGGUGCAUUGCCGUGCUGAAAGGCAUCUUCGGCAAUUCGGCUGUCCCACAACCGAAGGAAACGGUCGUCACGAGAUGGCGCGCGGAUCCUUGGGCCCGCGGUUCGUACAGCUUCGUGUCGGUCGGAUCUUCGGGUAGUGAUUACGAUCUGCUCGCUGCACCCGUUACACCGAAAGCCCCCGAAGGAGAGGCGGCACGUGCAAAACCACCUGCACCUCAACCUCCACCCGUUCCUCCACAGCAGCAGCAACCACAGCAACGCCAUGACAAAAACGGUGAGAAGAAUGAGAAUGAGGACGAUGAUGAUGCGGACAGCAAUCCGAUCGACAUUCCAAGGCUAUUCUUUGCCGGUGAACAUACGAUCCGCAACUAUCCGGCCACGGUGCAUGGUGCACUGUUGAGUGGGUUGCGGGAGGCGGGCCGUAUUGCCGACUACUAUCUCGGCUUUCCCAACUGCUACCCGGAAGCACCGAAGGAAGAAACGAAGAAGUGAUCCUCGUAAAAGACGCUCUUGCCGCACAAAAUGCACACA